AUGGCGCCUUCAAUAACAAAAUUUGCCCUGCGAGGAGCUUGUUUCGCGCAACGACGCCAGCCGUUCUCACCAGGUCAUCGUUGUUUGGCAACGCAAUCUUCGCACGUCGCAUUAAGUCCACUCGAACCAUAUAAUACCCUCGACUACAACACUCGUCUGAAAUCCCUCCGUCGCGUCCAGGGCACGAACAAACGACCAUUGACCCUUUCUGAGAAGCUUCUAUACAGCCAUCUUAUCCACGAUCAUGAAGAUUGGAUACUCGACGGAAUCGAACGAGGAAAGACAAUACUGCGUCUACGGCCUGAUCGCGUCGCUUGCCAUGAUGCUACAGCCACAAUGGCGUUGUUGCAAUUCAUCAGUGCUGGUAUUCCCAGAGUCCAGGUGCCCACGUCUAUACAUAGCGAUCACCUGAUUGUUGCGGAAUAUGGCGCUGAGAAUGAUCUGAAGCGCGCUUCCAAUGACCAUCGCGAAGUCUAUGCAUUUCUUAGUAGUGCUGCCAAGAAAUAUGGUAUUGGCUACUGGAAGGCUGGCGCUGGGAUCAUACAUACCACCAUUUUCGAGAAUUAUGCUUUCCCGGGUGGACUAUUCAUCGGCACAGACUCCCAUACCCCAAAUGCGGGUGGUAUGGGCGUGCUCGGUAUCGGAGUAGGUGGCUCUGAUGCCGUCGACGCGAUGGCUGGUAUGCCCUGGGAAUUAGUGUGUCCUAAAGUCCUUGGAGUCCGUCUCACCGGGGAGCUAUCGGGCUGGGCGUCUUCCAAAGACAUUAUUUGCAAGCUCGCGGGUAUUCUAACUGUAUCAGGCGGCAAAGGAAAGGUCAUUGAGUUCUUCGGUCCAGGUACCGAGACACUGGGAGCUACAGCCAUGGCAACCGUUUGCAAUAUGUCAGCCGAAGUUGGAUCAACGUCAUGCAUCUUUCCAUACUCAAAGGCCAUGGCACGGUAUCUCUCUGCUACAAAACGAGAUGAUAUCGCACGUGCCGCCAACUCGUUCUCCGAGACAUUACUCACCGCUGAUCGAGGGAGCGAGAAAUACUACGACGAGGUUAUUGAAAUCGACCUCUCAACUCUAGAACCUCACAUUAACGGUCCAUUCACUCCUGACCUAUCCCACCCCCUGUCUCAAUUCAAGGAGAAUGUGCAAGAGAGUCCCUGGCCAACCAAGAUCAGCCAUAGUAUGGUUGGCAGUUGCACCAACAGCUCAUAUGAGGAUCUUGAAAAGGUUUACGACCUAGUGUUGCAAGCCAAGGAGUCUGGUAUGCCUCGGCCCAAAACACCUUUUAUGGUGAGUCCCGGCAGUGAACAGAUCCGCGCCACAGCCGAAAGGGUUGGUAUUCUCCCAGCUCUUAGGGAGGCUGGAGCAGUUAUUUUAAGUAAUUCUUGCGGCCCAUGCGUUGGCCAAUGGGACAGAAAGGACGUUGAUGUUCCUAAAGCUGAGAGUAACUCAGUUAUUUCCAGCUUCAAUCGCAACUUUACUGGUCGUCACGAUAGCAAUCCUGCUACGCAUUCCUUCGUCACUUCCCCGGAGAUUACUACUGCCUAUGCCUACUCCGGCGACCUUUCUUUUAACCCUAUUACUGAUUCUGUUCACUUUCUUGACCAAUCUGGCAUGCCAUCAGAGUUUCGAUUCAAGCCUCCCACAGCCAAGGAGCUUCCACAGAGCUUCUAUGCAGGACAUGACCUGUAUCAGCCACCCGGGCUUGAAGAUACAUCAAGCUAUGAAGUCCUCAUCGAUGAGGGAAGUGAUAGGUUGGAGCUGCUUACACCUUUCGAGCCGUGGCAGCACGGACAGGCAGACAACAUGCAGGUCCUUAUCAAAGUUGCCGGCAAGUGUACUACAGAUCACAUUUCUCCUGCUGGUCCAUGGUAUAACUAUCGUGGUCACCUCACCAACAUCAGCCAUAAUAUGCUUCUAGGUGCCGCCAAUGGGUUUCUCUCUAACGCAACAUCUCUUGGUAUGGUUGGUAAGGGUCGAGAUCCUAUAGACGGAAAGAUCAAAUUUGUCCAUGAAGCAGCAAGAUCGAUGAAAAACGCCGGUGUCAAGUGGUGUAUCAUCGGUGAUAAUAACUACGGUGAAGGUAGCUCUCGCGAACAUGCGGCGUUGGAGCCAAGGUUCUUAGGUGGAGUUGCUGUUAUAGCUAAGAGCUUUGCUAGAAUUCACGAGACAAACCUCAAGAAGCAGGGCAUGUUUCCCUUGACCUUUGAAAAUCCAACAGAUUACGACAAGAUCAAAGAGGGCGAUAUGAUAAGUUUACAGGAUGUAGAUGGAAGUGGGCUUAAACCUAACAAGCAGGUUACUAUGCAGGUGACUCAAAAGGAUGGGAGUCAAUGGACAGCCCAAUUGAGUCACUCUUUUCACUUGCACCAGCUUAAGUGGCUAAAAGCAGGUAGCGCUUUGAACCAUAUCAAGAGAGGUCUGCAGGAAGCCAGUUAG